AUGUCUGACGAAUCGGAUUAUUACACGGAGCCAGUUGAGUGCAAUAUUUAUAAAAGAAAAUAUCAAAUUUUACUGGAGAGAUGUGAAGUUUUACAACAAGACAAUGAAAGAUUGGUUUAUCGAUUCCAAAAAAUCCGGAAACUUUUAAAACGGACCCGCAAAGAAAAAAAAUUUUUAAUAGACCGAUUAGAUAAGCAUGGUGAUCAGUGGCGCGACGCUCCAAUGGGAGUUUUGGAAGAAAACAAUAUUUUUUCAGUGACAGUUAAACCGGAGAAAUUAAAUAAAUGCAAAGUCCCGGUGAUCAAAGAAGAAAAAAUAAAAAAAGGCACCAAGCGAAAAGGAAUUAAAGCCGAUCCGAAUGCUCCAAAGCGCCCGGCGAAUCCUUUCUUUCAAUUCUGCCAGGAACAGAGGCCACGUGUCAUGGAGAGGCUCGCCGGAGAACCGGAGCCCAGUAAACAAGAGUUGACACGACAAUUAGCCACCACAUGGAAGUCACUCACUUCAGAAGAUAAAAAGGUUUAUUACGACAUGUACGAACGCUCAAAAGAAAAGUAUGUCGUAGAAAUGCAAAAGUAUAACAAGAAGAGUGAAGAAGUUCCUAGUCAAAUUCCUGUAAAUUUAUAA